CGCCUAAACACUAAGUAUCCGGAGGACCCGCACAAUGCCUUUGCGCUCCCUGGCUUAUUGUCAAUAAGCAUGUUUGGAGUUCUCCUCUACUUGGACAAGCACGGCGCGGCGUGCUCGAGUGGGCUCUUUGCCUAUCCCUUGACGAUCACUGAGCGAUGAGCGCGUGUACCUUUGUUUCAUCCUUAAUACUCCCAAGACUACUACACAGACCGCACCCGAUACCGACUAACUACGCCACCCACAAUGUCUUUUCUUGAGAGGAAGACGACGCGUAUUACCAGGAACAAGCCGCACAAUGACCAUCGUAACAACACCCUGGGUGGGGAGUCUUCAGGUCAGGUUCCUAAUGCAAAGAAGCCUCGGUCACGACCUGCGAAGUCACUGCGCGACCGUCUACCAUUCCCGCAAGGCACUCUUCCUCCUUCUUCUGGACCUUACUCGAUCGCGAACAUGGAGAUCGAGGUGCCCGUCGAACACCCUCGAACCAUAUCAGACAUAAAACGAGACGGCCGACAUCUCUUACAACUUGAGACGGUACUCUUUACAAUGUAUUACCCUGCGGCGUUUGGGUCCGGCGAAGGGCAAGACCCAGCGGGGCACAAGCACUGGAGUCGCGAAACGUGGCUGCCUCGACCGCGUAUACAAACAGCACGGGGAUACGCACACUUCGCCGGCGUGCCAGAUUGGACGCUGAUCAGUUUUCUAGGUGCAACUUCUAUGCUCACCAAGCUUCGAGGCUUUCGAAACAGUCCGCCAGCCACACAUUGGCCACCCGCGGGUAACUACAAGAAGAACGGCUAUAAGAUCAAGAACCAAGAAGGACCACCUCCUGAGGGUCAUGAUGGGGAGCCGGUCUUCCCGUUGUUGAUGUUCAGCCAUGGUCUUGGAGGUACAAGGACAGCAUACUCUAGUCUGUGCUCUGAAUUUGCGAGCUAUGGCUUCGUGGUCUGCGCGGUGGAACAUCGUGACGGAUCAGGCCCAAGGACGUUCGUCAACCAUAGAAAGCAGCAAACCAGAAGCAAAGACCACCAGGGAGGAGCGAAAGCAAACAAAGAGGACUGUGGAGGGGACAAAGAGUGUGAGCAAGAGUGGGAACGGUGGAAGAACGUGGAUCAUACGGACGAGGAGCUUGCUCAGGCUCAUCAUAACAUCGACUACAUCUUUCCUAAAGGCAAUCGAAUGGACACCACGCCUAACAACGAGCAAGGUGUCGAUCAGGAGUUGCGAAACGCCCAAAUCGAACUACGCUUGUGUGAACUGGAAGAAGCCUACAACGUUCUCAAGAAGAUCUGCGCAGGAGACGGCGAGGAGGUAGCCCGCCAGAAUUUGAGGAGUGAAGGCUUUGUUGGUGGCUCUUCAAGAGGCCUACAAGGUGUCAGUUGGCAGCAGUGGAAAAACAGAUUCCACGUCGAUAAGAUGACCAUGGCGGGGCACAGCUUUGGCGCUGCUACCGUGGUAGAGGUUCUGCGACACACCGAUCGCUUCAAGAACGUACAGGCAGGCAUCAUCUACGAUAUUUGGGGUGCGCCCAUCAAACCGCCCGCUGAAGACCCCGAACACCGCAUCCAUUUGCCACUGUUGGGCAUCAAUAGUGAGGCCUUUAUGUACUGGCAGCAGAACUUCGACGCUGUCAUGUCACUGAUGAAAGAAACGAAAGAGAGCGGUGCGCCUGCAUAUCUCCUAACAGUUCAAGGAUCAGUGCACAUUAGCCAGUCCGAUUUCUCACUGCUAUACAAGGGUAUCACCAACCUUCUUAUGAAGGCUACAGUGCACCCUCAGAGAGCAAUCGACCUCAACAUAAGCGCAUCACUCGAGUUCCUUCGCCUUGUAGCCCCGGACGCUGGCGCGGGUAAAUCUCUGAUCAAUCGUUCGAUGACGGAUGAAGGCUUGUUACAAACUGAGUUACUUGAAGAAGUACCCAACAAGCACCGGCCAACCGACCAGUGGAUAGCCGCUCGGCUGAAGGUGCCACAUGAGUUCCGCACGCGGCUUGCUGCUGGUAUGCAGAGACGAUUUAAGCGAAAUGAGAACGGAGAAACAGUCUACAGCACAGGAGACGAAGUCUGGAUGCACUUCAAGCCUACAGCGAAAGAGCUUGAGAAAUGGAUUCAGGAAGAAGACCGGGGCGAAGAGAGGAUUGACUCUAAUCACGCCAUGAGAUCAGAUGCAGAGAAGGAAAACCCAGCAACACACAAGUUGCACGGCGACAAAGAUAGCUCGCAGGACAAUGGGAAAGGCAAGUCGCCCAGUGCAGAUGUUUCUCACGAACACUCGACAACAAAAGACAAUCAUUCUAUGCAUAAUGGUCUGAGGAAAGAUGAGAACAAUAGCACCCUUCAGAAUGAUAAGGAAGAAGAACGGCGAGCUUAUACAGCGGGCGAUACGUCAAAGUAG